AUGCAGUUCUCCAUCACCAAGAUCGCCUCCAUCUUCUUCUUCCUCUCCGUCGCCUCGGCCGACCUCCACGAUAGCUGCACUUGCCACAACGGCGACAGCUACAACUGGCGCAUCACCACCAAGGCCUGCGAGCUCUACGCCUCCAAGAACUACAAGUGGGGCAAGGGAACCUACGACACCCCCUCCGGACGUUGCGUCCAGAACUCCGGCAACGACCAGCUCGCCGGAAAGGAGUGGGAGGCUGCCUGCCGCGAGGUCGCCAACGCCGGCUUCCAGUGCGCCGACGGCCAGGGCCUGUACUGCAAGGCCCCUACCAAGGAGGUCCGCGGCCGCUGCUAA